UCUCUCACUCUCUCUAAAUUGGAAAACUCAUCGGCCACUAUCCACUCCAAAAGAAUGGCCCUGCAACUCCUUCACUUCACCCUUCCCUCUACAUCCUCCAAAUCUCUUUUCCAUUGCAAAUACAAACCCCAAUCAAACCCUAGACUAAUCAUCACCACCACCACCACCCUCAAACCAACUCUCGCCAACAAAACCAUUCGAUCCUCUUCAACCGACACCGCCGCUUCGCCCUCCAACCGCUCCUCCCUCGAUUCCAUCAAACCCUACGUCCAAUCCCAAUGGAGGCCGAUCGUCGCCGGCUGGGCGUGCAGCGCCGUCUCGGUCUUCUCCCUCUCCCUCAUGGUCCCCAAGAUCGGGGAGUUCUCCUCCGCGGCGGCCGCGAUGAGUCCGGUUCGAGUGAGGGAGGAGGCGGUGGUGCUCGGAGCUCUGGCGGCGGUCCGGCUGGCGGCGAGUUACUGGCAGCAGGCGUUUGUGUGGGACGCGGCGUUGAAUGCGGUGUGUAGGAUUAGGGUUUAUGUUUUCGAGAGGGUGUUGGAGAGGGAUUUAGGGUUUUUCGAAGGGGGCGGCGGCGGUGUUUCGGGGGGAGAUAUUGCGUAUAGGAUUACGGCCGAGGCUUCGGAUGUUGCUGAUACUGUCCAUGCUCUGCUCAAUACAAUUGUACCAAGUAUUCUGCAGUUAUCGGCAAUGGCAACCCAGAUGCUGGUUAUCAGCCCUGUUCUCUCCUUGAUUUGUGCAUUGGUGAUUCCCUUGAUCGCUUUUGCCACUGCAUAUCUUGGUGAAAGGCUUCGUAAGAUAUCAAAGGAUGCAAAUCUUAGCAUUGCUGCUCUGUCAGCCUACCUAAAUGAGGUCCUCCCUUCAAUUCUUUUUGUGAAGGCUAACAAUGCAGAGUUCUCUGAGGGUGCAAGGUUUCGGUGGUUAGCUAAUGCCGACCUAUCCAGGCAAUUAAAGAAGAAGAAAAUGAAGGCAUUAGUUCCUCAGAUAGUACAAAUUGUAUAUUUUGGGGCAUUGUUGAUAUUUUGUGUUGGCUCACUGGUCGUUUUAGGCGGUUCGUGCGAUUGCUGUGGCAUGGUUUCGUUCAUAACAUCAUUGGUUUUCUUGAUUGAGCCUAUUCAGGGGGUGGGAAAAGCAUACAAUGAGUUCAAACAAGGAGAGCCGGCAAUCGAACGCUUGUUUGAUUUGACCAGGUUCCAAUGUAAGGUAAUUGAAACACCGGAUGCCAUUACUUUAGACCGGGUUACCGGGGAUGUGAUAUUUUGUGGCAUCUUAUUUAAAUAUCGUGAUGAUAUGCCUCCUGUAUUGAAUGGGUUGGACCUUCAUGUCAAAGCUGGUGAAACAGUUGCUAUUGUUGGGCCGUCAGGAGGAGGAAAGACGACCCUUGUAAAACUGCUUCUUCGCCUUUAUGAUCCUCUGCAUGGCUCUAUCCUAAUCGAUAAUCAUAACAUCCAAAAUAUACGGUUGCAAAGUUUAAGAAGGCAUGUUGGACUGGUCUCUCAGGAUGUGACACUCUAUUCAGGGACUUUUGCUGAAAACAUUGGGUAUAGAGAUCUCAUGUCUCAAAUUGACAUGGAGAGGGUUAAGCUUGCAGCACGAACUGCAAAUGCUGAUGAAUUUAUUGAAUCGCUUCCAGAACAAUAUGCAACUGAUAUUGGACCUAGGGGCUCAAUUUUAAGUGGUGGCCAAAAGCAAAGACUUGCUAUUGCUAGGGCAGUAUAUCAGAACUCGUCCAUCUUGAUUUUGGAUGAAGCAACUUCUGCUUUGGACAGCAGAUCUGAGCAAUUGGUGAGACAGGCUGUGCAGCGCUUGAUGGAAGAUCGUACUGUAAUAGUCAUUGCUCACCGUUUGGAGACAGUUCUGAUGGCUGAACGAGUUUUUCUUCUAGAUGAUGGGAAAUUGCGGGAGCUAAAACACUCUGCUCUUUUGGGUGGAAAGCAUGACACAUUGACUUCAGCUGGGAUUGUGAUAUAAUAAAGUCGGUAAUAUGUGAGAUGGUCCAACUACCUGAAUGAUUGUGGAUUUAACGGGGAACUAUGUCCCAUUUCUGGAUGAAGAAAUCCAGGGAUUUAUAUUAAUGCUUCAUGGAAGUAUUGACUGGUUUAACACUCCAUAGAGUUGCAGGGGAACCUCACCACUUCAAUUGGGCUACGUUCCACUACACUUUCCGCCAUAUUAUCGACCAAGAUUGAAUCUCGACGGCAUUUGGUGCCGGAAACUAGGGUUGGGUAGUUUAACUGCUUUUGUAGGUUUCUUGUGAUCUGUGUUUCGUCUUUUGAUAGCAUUAUUUUAAUAACAAUCAACUACGUUGGGUUACACUUAUUCAUCAUGAGUGAUGCAUAACGAAAGACUUAAUCUUCCA